AUGUCCACAGACGACCAGGAACCACACCUUAUUAGCAGUAUACAUCCUGAGGAGUCAAAAUCGAAGGCAGAAAUACAAGUUCCUGUGGAGGCUACCCACCAUGGAAAGAGUACCUUUGCCUAUAAUGACAAGACCGGAUCUCCAAACAUAGAGCAGCCACGUUUCAAACCCUUCUAUAUUCCCUCAACUCAUAAUGUUCACCAGCAACAGUCGUAUGAGUUCACUCCACAUCUACAGACUGAAGAGGCGGAGGAGAGGCUGGUCAAUGAAAUGGCAGAUCGCCUCGAGGCCAAUGUGUACACUCCCUGUGUCCUUGGCCUGCUGUCAAACCACGAUUGCAGCAGCUCUUUGGGUUGCUGUUCCUACCCGGUGAAUGAAUGUACAGCGGGACAGCACUUCAUCUUUAUGGUCCCUGACCCUUUGGUAGAGCCAACAGGGGCCUCACUUCGACACCGUUCUAGGGACGGUGAUGUGUCCUGCACACCCCAGAGAUUGACCUCUAACCCUGACCUCUACACUGUGCCCUUGGAUGGCUGUGGAGUUCACAGACAUGUGGCUGGUCAGACAGAGGUUCACCUGUUAGAAGUCCAUGGUAUCCAGGUUCCUUACGACGACCAAUCCAAGAAUGACGUCUCUCCUGUCAGGUUGAUGGUGGAAUGUAGGUCAUCGCCAGGUUCUCCAGGUAAGGUGAAAUUUCAGAUCAUGAGUCCAUCUCAGGCACCACCUGUUCAAACUACACCCGCCACAGUGACCGUCCAACUGAGAAUCGCCACAGACAACUCUUUUACCAAAUACUACCCAGAGGCUCACCUGCCCCUCGGCCUCAUUCAAGGCAGACCACUGUACUUGGAGGUGAGCUUAUUGAAUCCUCCAGAGCCUGGCUUGGUGCUGCUGGUUCACUACUGCCUGGCUUACACCCACCCUCCAUAUGCCAGCUGGAUGCUCAUUUAUGACGGCUGUCCUAGCCGAGAUGACGCCCUGCAUCUAUCUCAGCCUCUUGCACCACCUCACACCCAGAGGCUCACAGUCACCAGCUUCUCUUCUCUGCCCUCAAAAAUAAAUAACAGAGGCUUUUUCCAACUAGAGGACCCAGAGAUCCACUUUUUGUGCUCCACAGAUGUUUGUUCUUCUGCGGAUGGUGACUGCACCGUCGGCUGCCUCAGCGUGUAA